UUUUAAAAAAGUGCUCUGAUUUACCAGUACUUUUCACAAAAGAGGCUCCAUUGCAAAACACAUAUUACACAACAGCACAGCGGCAGAAGUAAUCAAUUUACCUUAAGCUAAUUCAACGCUAAUGUUCCAAUUUAGACUAAAACGACUAAGCUUUUUAUUCCACCGCACCCAUUCUGGAGUCGCCCUCUGGUGGCAGAUAGAAGCAUUGCAGCUUGAAGGCCCAAAGCUGUUCACCCACAAACACAUGAUGAAGCCACAGAGUGUUCAGAUGACACACCACAAUUCCUUCACGUUGGCUUUAUAUUCAUUUUGUUACGGCCGAUCUUAUAAAACGAGGGCGGGGACAUGUCUGAACUGUCAGGCUGUUGAACACUUCAGCGGGGCAAAGUCUCUCUUGCUCUCGUGAAGUAAAGGGACAGUGUGUGUGCGCGUGUGUGUGCGUGUGCGUCAGGAUGAGGAUCGCCGUGCUGGGAGCCACCGGGCAGACUGGGCAUUUUGUGGUGAGCCAGGCACUACAGCAGGGCCACACCGUCACCGCCGUGGUCCGAAACCUGGCCAAACUGGCCGUGCACCAUGACAACCUCAAGGUGGUGGAAGCCAACAUUUUCUCGCCGGACAGCCUCAAGUCCCACUUUAGGGGGGUGGACGUGGUCGUCUCCUGCCUGGGCUUCCCCACCUCCUUCUUCUCCAGCGUGACGGGAUACACCCUCUCCAUGAGCGCCGUGAUCACCGCCAUGCAGGAGGCGCGGGUCAACAGGCUCAUCGCCAUGACGUCAUGGUACACUGACCCCAACUCCGGAACUCAGUCGCCGUAUCUUAUCCGCUUCCUGCUGCUGCCCAUGAUCCGAAGUGUCCUCACCAACAUGUUUGAGAUGGAGCAGUUCCUGCAGAGUGUGGACGACAUCAACUGGACCGUGGUUCGCCCGCCGGGUCUCAAGAACCUGCCCUCCUCAGCGUUGGAGGUCUUGUCCCACGAGGGCUACUUUGUGCCGGACAGCAGCGGCCGCCCGAUGGGUAGCGCCAUGGCGCGGGGCGACGUGGCCCGCUUCAUGCUGUCUCUCCUCAACAGCAACGCCUGGGUCAAGAGGGGAGUCGCCAUCAUCACCAAAUGAGAAGCAGUGUGGUGAUUACACCAAAUCAUUGUGUGCCAGGCCAAAUAUAACAUCAAUGUCAUGUC